CAGAAAAUAGGAGGGCUUUAGACUUAAUCAGCACUUCAGACGAACGCGCGCUCCGGAGCGACGCGUGGACGACAAGGUGGACAGCAGCUCUAAAUCAAUGCAUUCGCCCGACACUACACUCGCCUUCAGAAGCGGAACAGUUGCUCGCAUUUGAUUUUGCACGGUCCUCUGUGUUAUAUUCGCCUCCGAAUGAACAGCCAUGGGAGAAUGGACAAUUCUCGAGCGUCUCCUGGAGGCGGCUGUCCAACAGCACUCUACUAUGAUUGGGAGGAUCCUGCUGACUGUGGUGGUGAUCUUCCGGAUUCUAAUUGUGGCGAUCGUUGGAGAGACCGUGUACGACGACGAGCAGUCAAUGUUUGUGUGUAACACUUUACAGCCGGGCUGUAACCAAGCUUGCUAUGACAAAGCGUUCCCUAUAUCCCACAUCAGAUACUGGGUUUUCCAGAUCAUCAUGGUUUGCACACCCAGUCUCUGCUUCAUCACAUACUCUGUGCAUCAGUCGGCCAAACAGAAGGAGCGGAGGUACUCCACUGUCUACCUAUCCCUUGACAAAGACCCCGAUAUGAUGAAGCGAGACGACAGCAAAAAGAUCAAAAACACCAUUGUGAACGGAGUACUUCAAAACACGGAGAACUCCACCAAAGAGUCCGAGCCUGACUGUCUGGAGGUCAAAGAGAUCCCCAAUUCAGCCAUGAGAACUACCAAAUCUAAAAUGAGAAGACAAGAGGGCAUCUCCAGGUUUUACAUCAUUCAGGUGGUGUUCAGAAACGCGCUGGAAAUUGGCUUCCUGGUGGGCCAGUAUUUCUUGUAUGGAUUCAACGUGCCCGCCGUGUAUGAGUGCGACCGCUAUCCGUGCAUCAAAGACGUCGAAUGCUACGUAUCGAGACCUACGGAGAAAACCGUGUUCCUCGUCUUCAUGUUUGCCGUCAGUGGGAUUUGCGUGGUGCUCAACCUGGCUGAACUCAAUCACCUGGGAUGGAGGAAAAUUAAAACGGCGGUGAGGGGGGUUCAGGCCAGGAGGAAGUCCAUCUAUGAGAUCCGAAAGGACUUACCGCGGAUGAGCAUGCCGAAUUUCGGAAGAACCCAGUCGAGUGACUCUGCCUACGUUUAAUUGCAUUCUUAGCGUAGAUUAUUAGAGCGGUGGUCCUCAAAACUGGUUCAGAAAGAGCCCAGUUGCACAUUUUGGAUAUUUUCACCACAUCUUAUUGAGCUUAUUCUGCAAUGCGGAUGUAAGCUCUUUUUUUGCGAUGUGUUUAGAACUUCCAAUUCAUUUGCUAAAGGGGAAAUUACUAGGCAUAAUAAACAAGAGUAAAUAAUCACAGUACUUGCUCUACAAGCAAUGUUUAUGACAAUACAUACAAAUUUUAAAUAAUAUAACAAGAAAUAGUUUGUAAACAUCAAGUUUGCAACAUUAAGUAGCACAAUGAGCCAUUUUUAUGGCUAAAAAACAAUGGAAGUCAAUGGGACUGGAAGUCUCGUGCCAAUAAGGUUCUUAAGGCUGUGCUCACAUGUACGGUGGUCAGCAUAAUUGAGUACACCCCAUUUUGAAAAUGAAUAUUUUGAUCCAUUUCUCAGUGAAUAUAGGCAAUGUAUUUUGGUGCGCGUAAACAAAACAGAUUUAUU